GUUGAUGCCUCCGAAGCUCCAGAUAAGAAUGUCAUUAGUCGUCUGAAAAGGCUUCACCAUCCUCAAUCGCAUGCAGCCUGCCUCAAACUGCGAAGACACCCUCAGUCGGCGCCCAACCUCUAGUCCGAGAUGGUCAGUGCGAAGUCGUUAAGCCCGGCCGGCAGUCUUUCUUCAGCGAAGGAUGAAAUCGACAUCAUGGAAACACCGGAAGGGCGGACCUCCGAGGGCCUAGGCGACGUAAACGACGAAGCUCACCAUCCGCCUGCUCUCACAGUCGAAGAGGAGAGGAAACUAUGGCGAAAGGUUGACCUGCGCAUCGUGCCCAUUCUGACUGUGAUGUACCUAUGUUCUUUCUUGGACAGAGGGAAUAUCGGAAAUGCCAAGCUUCAAGGGCUAACAACCCAGCUCGACCUCACCGGAAAUAAGUACAACAUAGCUCUGACAAUGUAUUACAUCCCAUACUGUCUUCUCGAAUGUCCGGCGAAUCUGGUGCUAAAGAAGUUUAGACCGUCAAGAUGGCUUUCGGGCACAAUGGUUGUAUGGGGUAUUGUGAUGACUUUGAUGGGCAUAGUCAAAACUUACCCGCAGUUGGUCGGUGUUCGAAUUUGUCUGGGGAUCGCAGAGGCCGGCCUCUUCCCCGGCGUUGUAUACUACAUGACACUAUGGUACCCUCGCCAUAUGCUUCAGUUCCGCAUAGGACUAUUCUAUGGCGGAGCUUCGGCCGCCGGUGCCUUCUCUGGCGUCCUCGCGUACGGUAUCUCGUUUAUGUCGGGUACAGGAGGCUUGCUGGGGUGGUCUUGGAUCUUCAUCAUAGAGGGCCUCUUGACGAUGGUUGUAUCCAUCAUCUCAAUCUUCGUCAUAGUCGAUUUCCCGGAUACAGCAUCAUUCUUGACGCCAAAGGAGCGUGCUUACCUCGUAUGGAGAAAGAAGUACGACAACUCGUCGGUCGGCGAGGAAGAACACUUCGAAUUGCGCCACGUCAAGUCUGCGUUGUGCGACUGGCAGGUGUGGUUACAAACACUGAUGUUCAUGACCAUUGUUGCACCUCUGCUCGGCAUCUCUCUUUUCCUACCAUCGAUCAUCAAUGGUUUUGGGUACGGUACCGCUAUCAGCCAACUGCUUACAGUCCCGCCAUACAUUGUUGCGACGAUCGUGCUUGUCGUGGUCGCAAUUUGGUCUGACCACGUCAAGCUUCGUUCGCCCUUCAUCUUCGGCGGACUCGUGAUGUGCCUCGUUGGCUUCGCUAUCAAUAUCUCCGAUGCGGCGAUUGGGGCAAAGUACUUCGGAACUUCCUGUGUGUCACUGGGUCGUACGCUACCUGCCCGGUGUCAUUUCAUGGCUGGAAACAAUCUGGCCGGUCAAUACAAGCGUGGCGUAGGUAUGGCCGUCCAAAUUGGGAUAGGCAAUCUCGCCAGCUUGAUAGUCAGCAACAUAUAUCUGUCCAAGGACGCCCCGCGAUAUGUGAUGGGACAUGCACUGGAGUUGAUGUUCAUUGGCAUCGGUCUCAUUAACCUGCCUAUCCUGGUAGUAUUGUACAAGUGGGAGAACACAAAACGAGAUAUAAAUGCAACAAGACGUGGAAGAGAAAGGCAUAGAGUACUCGGCGGAAGAGCUGCGAAGACUGGGCGACCGUGCCACGGACUUCCGUUACAUUCUGUAACCCGCGUACACACUAUUUUUUCCAGCGAACAAUACAAGGCUUGACGUUACUGCUGGAGAUCAGUGGCCAGCGUGACUUCCAACGGAACAGACAUUGGGUAUCUGUGUCGAGUCAAUACAGCACCAGUUCUCAUACCUGUCAACACGGCACUGGCAAGGUUCGAACAGCCCCGUCAAAGCGCUG